CUGUACAGCCGCCACCCACUCGAGCUCGGAACCGCGCGAGACGACUCCAAGGUUCGAUGAUCAAGAGAUUUUCUGCAACUAAGACGGACCUGAUUCCAUGGUUCCACAAGUUCGAGCUCAAGUUGCAGCUCCACCACGUCAGCGAACACAAGCACCACGCGUACUUAUACUCCCGGUUGGGAGGCGCGUGCCAAGCAUGGUUCGACAAUCUUUUGUCCAAGUACGGAGUGGGGGCUGUUGGCUUGCACACCAAGAUCAACUGGGAUGAUCUAAAGGCGGCGUGGCAUAAGCGGUUCCAAGUAGAGCCGCGGGAGAUCAAGGCAAUGGACAAGCUGAUGACCUUCGAACAAGGCACGCUGCCGAGUGUCGACUGGAUUGCCGAGUACCAACGCUUGGCAUCCGUCCCAAACAAUCAAAUGGGCUUCAAAGCCGUCAAACACUACUUCAUCUCGAGGUCGUGUCUGACAUUGGGCAAUGCCUUGACUCACAUGGAGGACACCCUGACAACAACGGCGGAGCUCUUCGACAAGGCCGCGCAGAUUAUUGUCACGAACAAGGAGGCCAAGAACCUCCACCAUUUGUCUGCGACAGGCCCGAGCAGAGAUCAGCAUCGCCCGAAAGUGGUCGUGGUCGUGACGGCAACGCUAAACGACCAAACUAGUGAGGUCAUGUCUGCCAAUGAAGGGGACAAACUCGCAGUCGCCCGGGAUGGUGGCCGCCCCGACAAAGGACGAGGACGCGACAAGGCGAAGACAAACACCACAUCUAGCCCCGGGCCAGGCGCAGCAGCUCCCGCCCCAUGGUCCCACUAUGGUCUCUCCGAGCAGGCAUACAAGGCACGCAUGAGAUUCUACUAUUACCCCCGUGUGGUGCGGUUGCUUGACGAGUUCGCCGACAUCUUCGAGUCACCUACCGGUUUGGUGCCGGAUCGGCCGAUCUCUCACGAGAUCAUUCUGGAGGCCGGUGGCGUGCUGCCGAAAGGUUGCAUUUACCGUAUGAGCGAGGAGGAGCUUACAGUCCUCCGCGCGCAACUCGAUGACUCAUUGGACAAGGGCUGGAUCCGCCCUAGUAGCUCUCCACAUGGAGCGCCAGUUCUCUUCGUAUGGAAGAAGAACAAGGAUCUACGAUUGUGCAUCGACUACCGCAAGCUCAAUGUGCAAACCGUCAAGAAUGUGGGGCCUCUUCCUCGUAUCGACGAUCUUCUUGAGCAAUUGGGCGUCGCAAAGUACUUCUCUAAGUUGGAUUUGAAGGUGGGAUACCAUCAGGUUUCGAUCCGGCCGAACGAUCGCUAUAAAUCCCUGUUCAAGACGCGGUAUGGGCAUUUUGAGUGGGUGGUCAUGCCUUUUGGCCUCACCAACGCCCCAACGACAUUUCAAGCGACAAUGACCAACGAGUUUCAUGCGAUGUUGGACCGGUUCGUGUUGGUCUAUUUAGACGACAUUCUCGUCUAUAGCCGGUAAUUGAAGGAUCAUCUUGAGCACCUUCGACGAGUGUUGGAGACGCUCCGCCACACCAAGUACAAAGCCAACCACGA